UUUCCUGUUCCGUCGCGGUGGCCUGUGGGAUUGUGGCGGCCCGUUUCGCGGUGGGUGUCCACGCCCAAGAUGGCGGCGGCCGUAGUCGGCGUCUCCUUGAAGCGCUGCGUGCCCGCGGUGACCCUGUGGGCGGCCGCGCGGCAGGCCUGCCGUGGAGCACAGACAGCAGCUGCAGCAGCACCCGCUGUUCAGGCCGUAGCCCCACGUAUCAAGACGUUUGCUAUCUAUAGAUGGGAUCCAGACAAGCCUGGGGACAAGCCGCACAUGCAGACCUAUGAAAUUGAUCUGAAUAAGUGUGGGCCUAUGGUACUUGAUGCGCUGAUCAAGAUAAAAAAUGAGAUGGACUCCACUCUGACCUUCCGCAGAUCAUGUAGGGAAGGCAUUUGUGGCUCCUGCGCUAUGAACAUCAAUGGUGGGAACACCCUGGCCUGUACCAAAAGAAUUGACACCAACCUUAGCAAGGUCUCCAAAAUCUACCCUCUCCCCCAUAUGUAUGUGGUAAAGGAUCUCGUUCCGGACAUGAGUAACUUCUAUGCUCAGUACAAAACCAUUGAGCCUUACCUGAAGAAGAGGGAUGAAUCGAAUCAGGGCAAAGAACAGUAUCUGCAGUCUAUAGAAGAUCGUCAGAAACUGGACGGACUCUAUGAGUGCAUUCUAUGUGCCUGCUGCAGUACCAGCUGCCCCAGUUACUGGUGGAAUGGAGACAAAUACCUGGGCCCUGCAGUGCUUAUGCAGGCAUAUCGCUGGAUGAUUGACUCCAGAGAUGACUACACAGAAGAACGUCUGGCACAGCUUGAGGACCCAUUUUCCCUCUACCGCUGUCAUACCAUCAUGAACUGCACACAGACUUGCCCCAAGGGACUGAACCCUGGAAAAGCAAUUGCCGAAAUCAAGAAAAUGAUGUCAACUUACAAAGAGAAGGCAGUCAGCGCAUAAUGCUGUUUCUUAAUCAUAGACGUAAAACGCACAUACUGUAGCUGAAGUCCAGCUGAAGUCUGAAAUUGGUUGACCUCUGGUGUGUGCAGGUUAUGGGAGUGCUACACCUCAGGCUUCACUCUAAGAUUCUGGAUAUGGGGAAGUCAUCUGUUUCCACGUUGGCACCACAGCAAAGUAGUAACCCGAAGACGAUAAUUCAUCUAAUAACGUUCAUUCAAAUAUAGCCAUCGCUGAGGUUAAAGGUAUGGGAGAAGCUUUCAAGGAAGGUGUGUGGGUAGAAAUUACAUGUGAUGUGGGAAUCAUCAGCCUGAAAAUUUGGGAGGUUUUAUGGGAAGAACCUUGCCUGUCAAUGAAACUGUAACUACCUAGGCAAGUGCUAUGCUGCCUCAGACCAGUGGUCUCCCAGCCCGAGAACUUAAUGAUCCAACCAGCGCAACAAAUUCAGGGAUGAAUCCUGGUCAGGCACUGCAUACAUUGCGUACAUGCUAAGAAGUUGUCCGCAUCAGAUGCUUCCGAGUGCAAGAAACCCUGUAAUGCAAAACUGUGGAAUAAGCUACCCAUAGUGGAAUGUUAUUUAUUCCCCUGUUAGUUACUGGUCUGCUCUGAAGCACGAGGAGUUACAUCCCUCCUGAAGCAUACUUCUAUUUAAUGGAACCCUGCGUGUUCUUAUUCAUAUAACUAUCUGCUCCUUUUUUGAGUACUUAGAACUCUGGGGUGCUCUCAGAACUUGUGGCAAUGAGUUCCAUAGGUUGGCUAUGGAUUGUGGUUAAAUCAAUUUUCAAUUGCUUCCUUUUCAGUCUCAUUGAGUGCCCCGUGUGCUACAUAUUUCACUCAGUUGCAGAUGACCUGUGGUUAAUAGUUCCUGAAAGCCAUCGGCACCGGUUAACAUCCUAAUUGGAUACAGAUCCACAAGAUUCCAUGUGCAAAUAUUUUAAUGGCUUUCAGCUAACUGCAGGCACAUGUCCCCUUUAACUUAUUGAUAUGUCUGUAUUCUAUUACAUCUUCCCUUCUGCAAAAUCUGACAAUCUCUUCCAUCUAUGGGAAGAAUUUAGUUUCCAUAUGAAUAAUUUGUUACCUUAUAAAAAAUGUACUCUCCAUGCUCCCUAUUGCUAAGAGGCAAAGGAGCGUCUGAGUCGAUGUUCAUAUCUUCAUCACAUAUUGUUCCUGAGUCAAAUGAAUAAUCUCCUCUUGAAUUCUGGUGAAUUUUAUCUGCUGACAGCUUAAAUCAAUUUGCUACUUAUCUUUAUGAUGCCAGAGGCAAAAUCAUAUAUUGAGUGAAAGAAACCCUGUAGAAGACAAGGAAAGAAUGAGAAUAAAGUUUGUGGUGCACCAUCAGCA